UUUUUUUAAUCUACUUUUAUAUAUGGUGUGAAGUAUACGCGUACGUUUCUUUUACCGGGAACUGUUUACAGGGAAUUUUAAAUAAUUCUCUUGUUAUAAAACAUUUCAAGAAUUUGUGACUAUUUUGGUUAAGGGAUGAAAGCUUUGACUUCAACUAACAGUCCGCUGUGUUGAGAAAAUUAAUGGCAAAUUCUCUCUAUAUUUGAAGCACUGUCGAGUGUACAAGACAAGCAAAAAUAUGGCUUUUAACAGAUAAUGUGGUUUAUGUUCAUUUAGAGAAAUAGACAAUUAUUAGUGCAAAAAUAUAAGAAAAUUACAAAUUUUAUUGAUUCUAAAUUAUAGUGGUAAGAUUUUUCUUUGGUAUUUACACACUUAGGCAAAGGUUUACUCAAAUUAUUUUUUGUACUUAUACCAAGUGGAAGAAAAGACAUGUUUUUCGUAUGUUAAGUUUGAGAUACCCUGUAGGGAGAACAAGGUAUAAGUGGUAACCAACAAUUAUUAUGAUUAAGAUUAGUGCAACGUUAAAGCUCAGUAUAAUAGGAUUAAUCAUUUUUACAAUGAUUUUUCUGCGUUUUCAAGGCUCACUGUUACAACGCAACACUUACUCGUUAACCACAAAAUUAUUGUUAAAUGGAAAGACCUUCCUGCUAUCAACUGGUGACUAUAAUCGUCUAUUGAACAUCAGCUUUAAUUUUUCUAUGAUAAAUCAAGUGUGCCAGGAAAGUGCUCCUGUGUUAGUGCUUAUAGUAGUUCAUUCUGCACCUUCAAAUUUCAAGAAGAGGCAGACAAUAAGAGAUACAUGGGGACAAGUAGAAGAAACUAAACAAAUAGUGUUUAUGAUAGGAGAUCCGAGUUCUCCAGAACAACAAAAAAAGUUAGAAGAGGAAAAUACGUUAUUUGGUGAUAUUGUACAAGGUAAUUUUAUAGACAAUUACAGGAACCUAACUUACAAGCACGUAAUGGUUCUUAAAUACUUUGUUUAUCAUUGUCCGCAAGCGAAAUAUUUAUUAAAAACCGAUGAUGACGUCUUCAUCAACUGGCCAAGUAUGAAAAAUUUCCUCACUUACGAUUUGUGUCCUUCCAGUGAUGAACCAACCAUAUACUGUGUUACUAGAACUCACAGCAAAGUAGAAAGAAACGACUCCAAAUGGGUGGUAUCAUUUGGUGAGUAUCCAGAAGAAGUCUAUCCACAGUACUGUCUUGGAUACGUUAUUGUUUAUACACCAGAAGUCAUAUUUACUCUAUAUAAAGAAGCACAAACAUCAAAUUCCUUUUUAUGGGUGGACGAUGCAUUCGUAACUGGUAUUCUCUUUAAAAAUCUAGAUUAUACUCACACAGAUAUCGAAUCUUUAAAGUUACCAGUCGAAAGUUUGAAUGCUAUUAUUAAUCAUUUACUAACCUUACAAUUAAACCAUUUCUAUUUAAAAUAAUGAACAAAACGAAGAUGAAAACUGUUUGGAAAUAUGUUUCCACACAUGAAGCUCCCAAGAAUGUAUUUACUUUAUAACGAUAAUAAAAGAUUUUAAAGCUCAAA